AUGAUGAACCGAAGCUUAGUUCUUAUCCUUUCCUUUUUGAGCAAAGAAAUUCUAGCGACGCCGUAUGGGACCAGAUCAAAAUGCGAGAUAGAAAAAAUAAAAAUUGUUGAGGCUCUGGAAAUGAAGAAUAAAGAGAUUUCCUCUCUCUUUCAACUCGACGAGCACGGCCAUCCCGAGCGAAUCUGCGAACCCGGAUACAAGCUCACCUGGGACGUUAAUUUCUGCAUGCGAGUCUGUUUACUCCAAGUCGGCGACGAGUGCCACCCGAGCUCGAAAUCCGGCAUCGAUCUUUGUCCACACAACCUUCGAUGUCAACACGACGAGUUCAGAACCGACAUUCCUCCUUCUUGUCAACCUCUUUUGGAUGUGUCAUUUGAUGAUUCUUCAAGUCUGAGCUACUUCUACUACUAA